AUGGAGCACAACACAUACGGAAGGGCAAAGUUAUACGACAGUAAUAACGAGAACACAAUACACGAACACCGCCCGGCUAAGGAAGAGAAGACCCUUUAUCAUGUACUACCAGAUGUUAUACGAAUAUCAUUCGAGGAGGCGGUGAAGAAUAUCAAGCUAGAGGGGUGGGAGGACGAAUGGCUCUCGUCAGGACACUUCGACGCCGAAAAGCAUGGUCCGCUGGCCGAGCCAAAGAUCGACUUCGUCUACAAUUGGGUUAAUGGUUCCGAAGAUGACUUCAAGAACAUACGACAUAGUUACGAGCUGGAUUCCCCCCUCAAUGACCGGGAGGGUAAGUGGAUAUCACAACAUAGUAUCAACAGAUACCGCGAUUGGGAUGAGUUGAGAUACUCACUCCGCAGUCUCGACGUUUAUGCUAAGGGUUUCAUCAACAAAAUCCAACUUCUCGUCAAUUCAGUCGGCAGCGGCUCAUAUGGAGAGAAUAUGCGUCCCCAAAGACCUACGUGGCUCAAGGAUGAUGAAAACACCAAUGAGCAUGUACAGGUCCUCAGCCACGAAUCAUUCUUCCGCGAACAAGAGAAAGAAUGCCUCCCCACCUUCAACUCACUUUCCAUCGAAUCUCAAAUAUUUAUGACACCGUCGUCGACAGACCAACUUGUCGCACUGUCUGAUGACAUGUUCCUAGGUAUGCCUCAUGAGGCCUCAGACUUCUACUCACCUUUAUUUGGACCUGUCAUGGGCUUCAAAAGCGAUCACUAUAACGUUAAACAUCUUGGUGGAAAAGACCAAAUUCCUUCGUUUGGCGAGAAGCCUUUUGUCUACUACACCUCAUACCUCUUGAACCAUAGGUUCGGUCAACGUAACCGUCACGUUCAAGCUCAUUUCACCCAUUCCGUCUCACGGACAGUAAUGGAAGAGGCAAUGUCUUCCUUCCCACAACCCUCUGCCAAGGGCGCUUGCGAGCGAUUCCGUGGCGAGUCAAAAUACCAGAUAUAUCCCUGGUACGCUAGCUUCCACUACACCAUUGAGAGAUUUAGGGAAGCACUGCUCUGGUCCUUUAUCAUGUCGCGCUCUGAUGAGAACUCGGACGGAUACCUCGACUGGACUGAGAGGCAACACAUUCUCCAAGCAGUCGAGCCUGGCUGGCGACAACUCGCCGUCAAGGAUUCGUCCAAGCCCGCGGCACAGAGCCCAGACCGGGACCGGAUGUUUUACAAGCUACCGCAGAUGCUACAGAAAGCGGGGCUCCAACCACCUAACGUGAACAUCAAUGUGUUGUGGACGUCACUUGACGGGCCGGAAACUAUUCGCAAUAUUAAGUGUGGCGAUUUCAGCGUGGACAAGUGCUUUGGCGAUUCAUUUGCAUCGUCGCUCUCAGACACCACAACACCCAACCCGGACUUUAGUGCAUCUAAUGUCUUCUCUCGAUUAUCAUACCAACGACCACAAUGUGGUGACUGCCUCAUUAAAUUCUUAUUAUCGACUCAACCACGUGGGCUUGAACCACUACUCCCACUUAAAGCGACAAAGCCACGCGACCGCGAGGUUAUCGUCAAAGCAUUACGGAAGUAUCAACAUACUAUCGUUGACACAGACGCUAUGAAAUUCGUCAUGGUCAAAGACGCAGAGCAAGCCGAGAUGGAAUUACUAGAGCGCACAACACGGAGAGGCAAGACAUUCGGGCAAUGGUGUCUAAACGACGACGUCAUGACCGAGAGCGCCCAAGAAGUUGGUCGCGUGCGCGAUGUAAUAAAUCAAGUAUUCGAAAGCUUGUGGCCCGGCAGAGGCCGAUGGGAAAAGGGGGACGAUUACGAGGAGAGUUUUGAAGAGAUAGAGGAUCUGAGGGAUCCGGGGCUGGGAGAAGAUCAACGUUAG